AUGACAUCCAGCAAGCCUAUCGCCAGUCGCCCUUAUAUUCCUGGCGGCCUGGUAUUGAGCGACUUGAAGAAGUACCAGCAGCUUGAACGCUUUUAUACACAAAACAUGGGCUUCAUUGAAGAGGCUCGCAAAUUACUCUCUCAAUACGUCCGGAACCCUCCGGAUUUUGAAAAGAGUAUCCUCGUUAAACCUCGACCAUCGAACAACGAACACCCAAAGUGGACAUGGAAACCGUUGAGGGGCCGAAUGUGGAGGUUGUCUGGCAUCAGAGGCAAGAAGAGAAAGCGAGAAAGCGAUGAUGGAUGCUUUCAUCCACAAAAAAACAGACUACUCGAAGGAGGCGCGAUAAAACAAGUCACGGAGGAGGAGAUGAAACACGACGAUAUAAAACCUCGCAGUUUACGCGAAAUCCUUUACCCUGAGCUCGAAGAUUGGGGCAUAGAUCCUGCAGAAUGGCCGACAUUUGCAUUAGAAGAACUAGAGGCUGAACAGGAGAAAGAGAGGAAGAAGAAGGAGCAAGAGGAGAAGGAGAAGGAGAGCUUUGGAGACUUAACAUCGGACUUGAGCGACACAUUGGACAACCUCACAAUCUUCGAUGGCGACGACACUGUCAUGCGUACGCCUUAUACGAGUUCUGAAUUUGGUAAUGAUUCCGAAGUAUCUAUGAUGGAAAGCAUUUCGGACUGGGGAGACUGGUACCGUGCAAGAAGACGCGAUUUCGACAGCUCAAUCACAAUUCCUCUUCGCAUCGAUGUUGACGAUGUCGAUAUGGAUGAACUUCCUAUUGACAGCGGAGGCACCUUGAACGAAUUAAUUUCUCUUGCCGGUCAAGCUCCUGUUGUUCCUGAAGGUUUCAUCAUGAACGAAUUAUUUGGUCUUCCCGGUCAGGAUCCUUUUAUUCCUGGAGAUGUCAUCCUGGAAGAAUCAUUUCCUCUUCCUGGUCAAGCUCCUGUUAUCCCUGAAGAUGUUAUCCUGCAGGAAGUGUUUCCUGCUCCCGAUCAUGCCCCUGUUGUUCCUGAGGAUGCCAUCCGGAAAGAAUCAUUUACUUCUUUCCGUCAAGCUUCUCUUUUUCCCCAGGACAUCAUUCUGAAAGAAUCGUUCCCUCCUCCCGAUAAUGCUCCUGCUGUUUCUGGAGAUGUCAUCCCUCAAGAAUCAUUUACCCCUUUCCGUCAAGCUUCUCUUUUUCCUAAAGACAUCACCCUGAAAGAAUCGUUUCCUGCUCCCGAUCAUGCUCCUGUUGUUUUUGAGGAUGUCAUUCUGAAAGACUCGUUUCCUCCCCCUGGUUACGCUCCUGCUGUUCCCGAAGAUGUCAUCUGGAAAGAAUGGACUCCUCCUCCCGGUCAAGCUCCCAUUGUUCCUCAAGAUGUCAUCCUGCAAGAUGUGUUUCCUGCUCCCAAUUAUGCUUCUGCUGUUUCUGAAGGAUGUAUCAUGAACCACUUAUUUCCUCUCUCCGGUCAAGCUCCUUCUUUCCCUGAAGGUGUCAUCUUGAACGAACCGUUUCCUCCUCCCGUUCAUGCUCCUGUUGUUCCUGUCGAUGCCAGACUGAAAGAAGUGUUUGGGACGUGGCAAGAAUACCGCAUGGAGGCAGCUCCGGAGCCUGAGUGCAGUAUGGGAGUGAACGACGAGGCGGAAGAUGCAAACGACGAUGUCAGUAUGAAAGCAGAGACUGAAGCGAGUUGGGAGACGGCGACGGAAAGAGGAAUUGGUGCCGAAAGAGAAGUUGAGGGCGAUAAUAAAGCUGCAGCCGAAAAUGAUGCUGAAGCCGAAAAAGACAUCGAGUUUGAGCAAUGUGCGGGAUUUGUAUGGGAAGAAACGGGCAAAGUAACAACGGAGGGCAAAGCAAACGUCGGCAAAAGGACUUAUGACGCGUUCGAAGAAGCCGAGGUGGAAGAUGCAGAUGCCAGUGCCAGUGGUGAAGAAACAGGCACAGUAAAAGCAACCGUCGGCAAAAGGACUUAUGAAGAGUUCGAAGAAGACGAGAUAGACGACGCAGAUGCCAGUGCCAGUGGUGAAGAAACAAGGAUGAUUCGGGUGCCAGAAAGAACAGAGACAGAGACAGAAACGGCAGAUUACAGUACACAAGUGGAAGAAGCAGAGGAGAAGAAAGGUGUAAAAGAAACAGACGACGUUGAAAGAAUGGAAGCCCGCGAACCUACACCUGAAGACGCAAUGGAAGGCCUCGAGGAGAUGACAUCGGAAAUAGCUUAUAUGAACAUAGUGGCAAGCGAACCAGAGCCGGCACCUUCAACGCCAACACCACCUUCAACACCAACACAAGCAUCAAGAUUGAUGCGAAAACAAAGAUCUUUAGUGACACCAACACCGCCUUCAACACCAACACCAGCAUCAAGGUCGGUACCAAAACCAAGAUCUUCAGUGCCAGAAUCAGCAGUUGCAGGUGAAGUUGCAGAUGAAAAGGCUGAAUUGGAGUUUGCAUAUCGAGAAAUGCAGUCGCUAGCCGACCAAGUUGACAACAUUGCCGACAAUGACUACGGCUAUGCGAUUGAACUAUGUGACAGCUGCAGGCAGGUAGACGAGGAUAUAGCAGAGCACGUCCGAGAUGUGCGAGAAAGGAUUAUGGAAGAGUUGCUGGUAAUUGAGCAGAAGCUUCGACCUUAUUGUAUUGGAGAGUGA